AACAUGGCUGUGCUUUUGAAGAAAGAAAAAUGCUGAAUUGUGCUGGAGGAAUUGGAAGAAAAAAGAGGCAAACAUGGCGAGGCUGGCCGAUUAUUUCAUCAUCGUUGGAUACGACCACGAGAAAACAAAAUGAUUUGCUGGUGAUGAAAUUGUUUCAUUUAUGAAGAAACAUGAAGAAACAGUUUAAGGUUCAGGAGAAGGAUGUGGCAAAAUCAUCCAGCGCUUCCCAAAAAAGGACUGGGACGGCACAGCGUUCCCUCAGGGUGUGGAGAUGUUCUGUCAGCCAGGAGGAUGGAAGCUAUCUCGUGAAAGGAAGCCUCCUACGUUCUUCACAGUGGUGCUGACGGACAUUGACUCAGACCGACACUACUGCUCAUGUCUGACCUUCUACGAGGCUGAGGUCAACCUGCAGGGCACGAAGACGCUGCAAGGUGAAGGAGACGAAGACGAGGAAGAGGACGGUCUGAUCCAGCCAGCUCAAGUGUUUGCACCCAAAAGUCUAAUCCUGGUCUCCAGAUUAGAUUUCCCAGAAAUAUUCAGGGGCUGUUUGGGGCUGAUCUACACCGUUUACAUCGACAGUCUGAACUUCUCCAUGGAAAGCUUGGUGGUGAACCUCCUGACCUGCACCGUGCCCACAGCAGGAGGCUCCCAGAAGCUCUUUUCUCUCGGAGCCGGAGAUCGACAGCUGAUUCAGACUCCACUGAAUGAUGGCCUGCCUGUGACCAAUAAAAGUGUCGCUCUCCUCUUCCAGCAGCUAGGCAUCCAGAAUGUUCUGAGUCUUUUCUGUGCGGUCCUGACAGAACACAAGGUUCUGUUCCACUCCAGCAGCUACCAGAGACUCGGAGAGGCCUGUCGAGCUUUAGAAGCCCUGAUGUUUCCUCUCAAAUACAGCUACCCGUACAUACCCAUCCUCCCAUCUGGGCUGCUGGAGGUCCUGAGCUCGCCCACACCCUUUAUCAUCGGGGUGCACUCCAUGUUCCAGAGUGAAAUUCUGGAGCUGCUGGACGUGAUCAUCGCCGACCUGGACGGAGGAACGAUAAAAAUCCCCGAGUGUAUCCAUCUAUCUCAGCUCCCCGAGCCUCUCUUACACACUACACACAGCUCGCUGUCUGUGGUUUUGCACCCAGAUCUGGAGAUAGCUGAUAACGCCUUCCCUCCUCCGCGCUCCGCUCCGUCCAACCUCAAACUGCUGGAUAAGGAGGUGAGAGCGGUCUUCCUGCGCUUGUUUGCACAACUGUUUCAGGGCUACAGGUCCUGUCUGCAGCUCAUUCGCAUCCACUCCGAACCCGUGAUUCACUUUCACAAGGCUGCCUUCCUGGGCCAGCGUGGCCUGCUCGAGAACGAUUUCCUGCCCAAGGUGUUAGAUGGGAUGGCUUUCGCCGGGUUCGUGUCAGAGAGAGGGCCUCCAUACCGAGCCUGUGAUCUCUUUGACGAGUUGGUGGCUUACGACAUGGUGCGCUUUAAGGAAGAAGAGGAGAACCCAGGCAAACUCCAGAAACACCUGAGGGAGCUUUCUGAGCAGCUUUAUCGCAACGAAAAUCCCAACCCUCACAUGGCCUUCCAGAAGGUUCCUCGGCCCAGCGAGGGCUCUCACCUCCGUGUGCACAUGGUGCCCUUUCCCCUGAUAGACGAUGAAAAGGUCGGGGAGCUCAUGCAGGAGGGCUUGGCCAAACAAAACCAUUCCAACAUCAGUACACGAGUCGAGAAGAAGUGUGUGGUGCCUGCAGGUCCCCCUGUGGUGUCGAUCACAGGGAAGGCCAGCUCGGUGUUCAACAGCGCCCGACGCCUGGAGGUGGUGCGAAGCUGCAUCGGCUUUAUCUUUGACAACAAGACGCUGGAGACGGAGAAAGCUCUCCCUGCAGCCCUGCGCGCCCUGAAAGGCAAAGCAGCUCGACAGUGUCUGACCGAAGAGCUCAGUCUACACGUACAGCUGAACCGCGCCAUCCUGGACCACCAGCAGUUCGACCACAUAGUGCGGAUGAUGAACUGCGCUCUUCAGGACUGCUCCAACGCCGAAGAGUAUACGGUGGCUGCAGCGCUGCUUCCUCUGACCACAGCCUUUUAUCGGAAACUGGCCCCGGGCGUGAACCAGUAUGCCUACACGUGCGUGCAGGAUCACCCCAUCUGGACCAGUCAGCAAUUCUGGGAGACCACCUUCUACUCCGAGGUGCAGAACCAGAUCCGAGACCUGUAUCUUAACGCACCAGAGGAGAAGCAUCUCAUUAUAGCCAAACUCAAGGAUCCAGGUUCCUCCUCAGUCCCUCCCCCUGCAAGAUCAGAGCGGACCGCUAUGGACCUGGCAGCCGAGCAGCUGCGUUCGUGGCCGAGCCUCAGCAAGGAGAAGCAGCUGGAGCUGGUGAAGAGUGAAGAGAGCACGGUGUUCAGCCAGGCCAUCCACUACGCCAGCCUUAUGGUCUACCUGCUCGUGCCUCUGGACGCCAGCAAGAACAAGCUGCUCCGCACGACCGCGUCUGCUGCUGACUGGGAGAGCGGCAGUAACAGCAUAGUCACCAACAGCAUCGCCGGCAGCGUCGCGGAAAGCUUCGACACCGAGAGCGGAUUCGAAGACUCGGAGAACAGCGACAUCGCGAACUCGGUGGUGAGGUUCAUCGCUCGGUUCAUUGACAAGGUCUGCACCGAGAGCGGAGUCACCCAGGACCACAUCAAGAACCUGCACAGUAUGAUUCCAGGCAUCGUGGCUAUUCAAAUGGAAACUCUGGAGGCUGUCCACAGGGAGAGCAGGAGGCUUCCACCCAUCCAGAAGCCAAAGAUCCUCCGGCCGACGAUGCUCCCCGGAGAGGAGUUGGUAAGCGAGGGAUUACGGGUGGUCCUGGACCCUGAUGGACGUGAAGACGCUACAGGCGGACUGUUAGGAGGCCCUCACAUGCUGCCCGCAGAGGGGGCGCUCUUUCUCUCCACCUACCGCAUUAUCUUCAAAGGCACUCCUCAUGAUCCUUUAGUUGGCGAACAGCCUGUGAUUAGAAGUUUUCCAGUGUCCACGCUGACCAAAGACAAAAAGAUCACCAUUCAGAACCAGCUUCAGCAGAACAUGCAGGAAGGCCUGCAGCUUCGAUCUGCCUCCUUCCAGCUGAUUAAGGUGGCGUUCGAUGAGGAGGUGACGUCCGAAAUGGUGGAGAUCUUCAGGAAGCACCUGCAGAGGAUCCGUUACCCACAAUCCAUCUUCAGCACGUUUGCCUUCGCUGCAGGACAGACAGCUCCACAGCUUCUCCUGCCCAAGCAGAAGGAGAGGAACACGGGUUUCCGCACACUCUCCAAAACCAUCGUAAAAGGAGCCAGGAGAGCAGGCAAGAUCACCAUGGGUCGUCAAUCCACGCUGCAGAAGAAAAGCGAAAAAGGGCCGCGUACCACCUGGAACGAGGAAGAUGACAUCUCAAGUGAGUUAGUUGAGGAAGUAGAGGGAAGGUCAUGGGGUCCAGUCAGAGGUCACGACCUAAUGUUAUCUAUGUGUGUGUGUGUCGCAGUAUCAGACGACGGCGAGCCGCCCUCGAACAGCACGCUGAAGGCCUCAGACAAGUCCACCAUGGAGCAGCUGGUGGAGCGCGCCUGCUUCCGGGAUUACCAGAGACUGGGUCUGGGCACCAUCACUGCCAGCUCCUCACGCUCCAAAAGCGGAGAGCAGUUCCGUGUGACGGCGGUCAACAGACUGUACUCGCUCUGUCGCAGUUACCCCGGGCUGCUGGUGGUGCCCCAGUCAGUGCAGGACGGCAGUCUGCAGAAAGUCGCACGCUGCUACAGACAUAACCGUCUGCCUGUAGUGACCUGGAAACACCCUCGCACCAAAGCCGUGCUGAUGCGUGCCGGCGGCUUCCACGGGAAGAGCGUCGUGGGACUGUUCAAGUCGCAGAACCCCUCCACAACAGCCCCUGUCUCUUCUUCCGAGUCGUCCAGUAGUCUGGAGCAGGAGAAGUACCUGCAGGCCAUCCUCAGCUCCAUCCCUGUCUACUUCAAAUCCAACGGCAGCGGCACUCUGUCCAACCGCUCCCUCAUCGGCAUUUCUCCAGCUACCGAAAGACGGACAUCCAGAAUGCCAAAGAUGGUUCCUGUCCACUUGGAUAUUUCUUUCUCCAACAGUUUUACCAGAGGAGUACUUGGGUACAAGGACAAACUUUUCACUCACACAAACCAAGCUAAAGGGAGAAUCCACAAUCAAGGCGUGUGGGCGAGUCUGCGCUCCAGCAACAGGUUCAGCCAGCACCUCUCUGCAGCCGACGUCGGGGCCCGGCUGGCAGGCAAGGAUCUGACGCCCCCUACAGGAAACGAAAGCCUCCAGACGCAGCUCCUCAAGCACCAAGCGGCUCUCUACAUCUUUGGGGAGAAAUCUCACCUCAGGGGCUUCAAGCUGGACUCCAUUCUGAACUGUGAGCUGGUACCGGUGGAGUUUGCAGACACGCGGCAGACCAAGGCCUCCUUUAAAAAAUUGCUGCGGGCGUGCGCUCCCAGUGCCACAUCUACUGACUCCAAUGAAUCCUUCCUUAAAGUCCUGGAGGACAGCGAAUGGAUCCUGCAGCUGCACAAGCUCCUCCAGCUGGCCCUCAUCCUAGUGGAGCUGUUGGACAGUGGAUCUUCUGUGUUGUUGAGUCUGGAGGACGGCUGGGACAUCACCACACAGGUGGUGUCUCUGGUGCAGCUGCUCAGUGACCCAUUCUACCGGACAUUGGAAGGCUUCCAGAUCCUGGUGGAGAAGGAAUGGCUGUCAUUCGGGCACAAAUUCAGCCAGCGCAGUAACCUGACCCCCAGCAGCCAGGGCAGUGGCUUCACACCCAUCUUCCUGCAGUUCCUCGACUGCGUGCACCAGAUCCAUAACCAAUACCCGUUGGAAUUCGAGUUUAAUCAAUACUAUCUGAAGUUCCUGGCGUACCACUAUGUCUCCAAUCGCUUCAAGAACUUCCUCUUGGACUCGGACUACGAGCGCCUCGAGCACGGCACAUUGUUUGAGGAUAAAGGAGACAAGCAGGCCAAGAGAGGGAUCUGUAUCUGGGAGUGUAUAAACCGAAUGCACCGCAGAAGUCCCAUCUUCUUCAACUACCUGUACAGCCCUUCAGAGACAGAGCCUGUCUUGAAGCCGUCCAUCUCCAUUCCCAACUUGACCAAAUGGGAGUUCUACACGGCCGAGACGCUCUCCACCGGACCCUCGUACGACUGGAGGAUGCUGGCCGUUCCCACAGACAGCUCAGAGGAGCUGGACACUAUCGCUACGAGCAAGAGGAGGAUUGUCUGGCCCUGCUACAGCAGCGUAGCCCGUGCCCAGCCCGACGCCAUCACCAAACUACUGGCUGACAUUGAGAGAUUGGAGGGAGAGCUUGGUCAGGUGCCUGAGAGAUGGCAUGCUACCCUAGAGAAAGUGCGAGUCAGCAUACAGGACGACCUCAAACAGGAAGGCAUUCUACGGAAACAGUCCGUAUCCGUCUCCGGCUUGAUCCCUACCUCUAACCUGCAGGCGUAUCAGCGCCACUCCAUGCUGCACCUCCCUGACAGCGGCCUGGGAGAGGACAGCAGUCCCACGACGGCCAACGGCAUGAGUCGCCGAGCCGCAACGCUCUAUAAUCAGUUUACACCCAAGAACGAUGAGAACAGGUCUUUUGAAGGUGUCCUGUAUAAGAGAGGUGCUUUACUUAAAGCCUGGAAGCGUCGAUGGUUUGUCCUGGACAUAACAAAACAUCAGCUGAGGUAUUACGAUACGGAUGAAGACGUCAGCUCUCGCGGACACAUUGACCUGGCUGAGGUGGAGUCGGUCGUGAUCGCCACCCCGACUAUCGGAGCUCCCAAAUACAUCAGUGAGAAGGCCUUCUUCGAUCUGAAGACGACUAGGCGGGUGUACAACUUCUGUGCGGAGAACGCUCAGAGCGCGCAGCAGUGGAUAGAUAAGAUCCAGAGCUGCAUCUCGGACGCCUAAAGCCCCGAGGCCUGGGACCAUCCACCUUCUUCAUCACCACCGUCUCCUUCAGGGAGACUCACUGUGCAUUAACAGGAGCAAAUCGAAGCCCUCAGUGCCUCAGUGAGAUAUUAGAGGAACAUGCUCUCACUUUAUCACUACAAAAAGUGUGCACUCAGGCUGCAGAGUCACUGCCACACUAAUCCUCCACGGAACUGUGCUUAUCCCCAUUUAGACGGGUCUGUUUUUAUCGCUCGAACACUCCUGAGCUAAGCAGUCGCACUAAAAACUCCCAUAUGCAAGCGGAAUCGAUGCGGGAAUAAUAUUAGGAAAGGGUUUUGCUGCUUCUGAUGCAAAAUGGAGCACCAAAAAAUAAAUAAAUACGAGCGAUGCGAUAUGUUCAGAGAUGCACAAUUAUAACAAGGCAGUUUAUUUGCACUUACUACUUUGAUAUGCACUCCUUAAAUAUCUAUAGAUUUUCUAACAGAUAAAAAGCAAGACAAAAAGCAUUAUUACUUUAUGUACAAAAACAUCUGUGUUCAUACACACACGCAUACACUACAAAAAAAAAAUACUUUGCACACUAAAACUUAUCCACUUUUUCUAUUUAAGACGUUGACGUUUUAGGUUAUUUUUUAAUACAUGAAUGUGUCUCAGUGCAUAACAGGUCAGUUUUUGUGAUGUAAAUUAUUUCUUUUCUUCUUUUUUUUAUCUUUAAAAGAGUAACUUGUGUAUGUUCAUGGAUAUUACGUUGAUGUUAUUUUGUAAAUAUCCGUAAUUUUUAUACCGUGGUUAUUACAUUAUUCUAACAUUUUAACUGACACUUGUUUUGUUUUACGUUCUUAUUCGGUAUUCUGACCAAGAAAAGUGCUUCCUGUCGUAAGACGUCCUGUUCGACAUGAAGGGAAGUCCACUCAGUCCUCGCCGGUGAGCUCCGCGCCUGGCUCUGAAUCUGUGGAACACUACGCGGUUCGGUUGGGUUAUGAUUUAGAUUUGUGAGUUUUUGUAUAAUGCUAAGAAACAAAACUGAAAAAUAGUUGACAAGGUGUCUGUUCCUGUCCCUGAAAAAGACGUCACUAAGCUCAUCUGCUAUGUUUUGUGGUGACACUAAUGUUUCUGUUUGGCCAUUUUGUUUUUUAAAAAUCUGAAAUAAAUCAAGAUUACUUGAACAUCA